CCGUUUACACUCUGCACUUCCUUUGUGAUUAACCUGAAUUAAAUAUUGUGUUCAAAAUCUCGCCUCUUCUAAUGACUUAUUCUAAUGUCACGCUUCUACAACACCAGGUUUCCGAAACAGUAUAUCGUAUAUCUUCGCCGAAAUACCUUCUAACUAAUAUGUCUAGACAGAGCCACGUUACGCGAGACAGCACUAGCGAUGUAAUCUAUCAGCUUGCACGCGUGGCCGAUACUUUGCACGAUAAUUCACUUGGCAGGGUAGACCUUCUAGAGAAAUACGUUGACCAUGAACUCGAAAAGCGAUCUGCCGACUUGAAGGCAUCUCUGGAGAAAGUAAACACCACUAUCCAGUCCCUCCAAGGGACUGCGAACCAUGCCGGCGGAUGCUGUGAAGGCGGGGACGGAAUGAUCGACCGUCUUAAUCUUCUCCAAGCCCAAAUCCAGACCCUUCAUGCCGACCAAAACUCGUUUUGGGCCGGAUUCGAAGAUCUUAGAUGCAAAAUGGCAGGGAUCCGAAGCAACCAACACGACCUUCGCGAUGUUCUUCGUAUGAUGCGUGCAGAUGCCCAGGUCUUGCGUGAGCCUACCGACACUUUUGGAUUUCCUCAGUUUAAGAGGCUCCCACUGGAAGUUCGAACCAUGAUAUGGGACUUGGCCAUUCCUAACCGAAUACUAGGUCUCGCCGGGAAAUUCGGGAAUCAAAAUAAACCUGAGACAUUUUCUUUUAAUCCGCAUUUAUCUCCUCCUUCGGUUGCUCAUGUCUGUCGGGAAGCUCGAUCAAUAGCUUGCCGUAGCGGUAGACUUGUGAACACCAUCAAGAAGGACAGUGUUAGAUAUUCAAGGUACAACGGUAGGGGUCGAAAGGAUGACGUUAAUGGCACAUUACGAUUGUCCUGGUAUGACCCAAGCCGAGAUUCUCUUCGCCUGUAUGUGAACUAUUUGAAAUGGUUGCUAGAUGUCGAUGUCGAUAUAUGUCAAAUUACAGAAUGUAUCCAAUUUGACAUAGGUAGCACUGAUUCACGUCAUAUAGCCUGUCACUGGCUCCUAUCUUACCUCUCCGACACGCAUUACUUUCCACGAUUAAAAGUAGUUGACUUCAUAUCGGGUGUCUAUUUAUAUCGGCCGUAUAAGGACCAUGUCCUCGACACGCAACUCUUCUUCGGUCCAGAUCGUCAGAACCUUCUUUCUCUCGAUAUUACUGACAAGACCGCGAAAAAGGCUCUAAUCGACAGAAUCAAAAUGAAUCAUUCUGUGGAAGCUAACCGGUUAGUAAGCUGGCUAGAGAAGGAUGCAAAUGAUUCCUGGGGCGAUCGUGGACGUGAUGGUCCCAACUUGAAAAUGAAGUGGCCUCAGUUCUUAGAUCACUUGCAAAAGAAAUGGAUAUUUCUUCAGUCACAACGGGGUUAUUCGGAUGAGGUUAAUCAUACCGAACAAGCCGACGGAUCUAGCGGCAAACUGUCACAGAGCUGCCCUGUGUUCGGAUGAGUAAAGCUAAUUUGGCAAGUAUGUUAAAAGUAGGUAGAUCAUGAGGAUUUCCUGUCUUCGUCGGAAUGGUGACCGGAAUAGAAUUACCCAAAGGCAUAGUUGGGCGGGUAGUUAGCAAGCCGCAGUGGUUCUCCUAAUGUCUAUGGGUGGUGGUAUGUGGUAAUUAUCAUAUUCGACCUGUCUUUCCUUCAAGCUUUUUGCGUGUUGGCAGACAUCGGCUUGAGCAGCCUCAGAAGACUACACUCGUUCGGCUGAAUAGGUAGAUUGACUCAGACAUGGCCCCUUCUAUUUGUUAGACCUUUUUUAAUGUUGACAUUCCUUAGACUGCUUUUCAACCCUCCUUAGCAUCAUGAAGUUUUACUAUGUACCUAAAGAUGAAAGGAUUGUCUUGCGUUAUCACGGAUUUUUAGAAA